GAUUCUGUGAAGAAUUCGGAGACUUAAUAAGAAAACGGCCGCAGAAGGUCGCAUAACACUAAAAAGUUUUUCUAUCGUAGGAUUACCGCAAAGUGAUAGCUGACUUUUCAUGUAUUAAAUUAGAAGAAAUGCAAUACCGUAUACUUGCUGUUACCAUUUGGUCGAGUAUUAUUGGAAAUUUGGAGUUUUGCACUGCGAAUGACUCAGCUAAUAAAUACACCGAGCACUUGGUAGAAAUUCAAGCGUAUCCGCAGAAACAAAUUAUAGACCCUUCACUUUCGAAAAAAUUAUAUUUGAAGAAUGGAACUUUUUACGAAAGUACAACUGAUAUAAUAACAUUCAAGCAAGAUGAAUUAUCAGAUCGAUUUUCUACCCUCGAUGAUAUCCAUCUUCGUCAACCUACGGUAAAGAACAAUGAAACAAAUGAUACGAAUAUAGUGGAUCUCGCGGGUUCCGAAGAAUCCUACUUUUUUCAAGAUUCUGAUAACUUUGGACAAAAAAGUCGAUCUGUUCCGUUAUCGAAUGUCAAAUAUGACAUGUCUGUAUCUCACAGAAGACUUAAAGAAAUAAACGAUCAAUCUGGCUCGUCGGAUAUUUUACAAAGGAUUUUUACGAUGCCAUUUAGAGAUGUAAAUGAAAUGGAUAAAAAAAAAAGCAAAAUAAAAGAUGUGGUGAAAAAUAAUAUUUCUAUUGGAAAUAUAAUACGAAUAAGAAAUAACGGAGAGAGUACGAUAGGGAGUGGAAUAAAUGAAAGGACUUCCGAACAAGGUGAAUUAAAUGAUGAGGAAAGAAUAUUCGAUCGUAUUGAUCACAUCGACGCAACGAUCAAAUCAGAGAAGAAUGAUUUCAUUAAAGAAUCCGAUAGUCUUUCAAUGGUAUCGUCGCCGUUUGAAAGACUUUCUGGUCCUAUAAUCGUACCGGAUUUUCCACAGUUAAAAGCUUCAAAUUCGCUGUUAAUAUCAGAAAAGACACCGAAUAAGAGCGAUAAUCCGGAAAUACAAGAUGUAAUUGGAUCGACUCUCGUUUUGAAUCCUCUUCGCGUUGGUGUAGCUCUUGUAAAUGCUAAAGAAAAUACUUUGAUCGAUGAUGAUAGCGAAAAUAAUCAAUCAAUUAAGUGCGUUGUCUCUUCUAGCACCGCACAAACUGAAGUGAAUACACUUGACGGAGGAAAUGCUACGAGCAAUAACGAAUCCACAAAGUCCUGUUCGAAUAUAAAUAUAAAUUACGAAUUUUCUAAGCAGUCGGAAUCGCCAAUUUUUGACGAAGAUUUGACGAAGAAGAAGAAAGCCGAUGAUACUGUCGAAAUUCAGAAAUCGAUUGAAAUUUAUCAUAAUGCUCCUGUUCAAGAAAUACAUUAUCCAGUGGAAUUAUCUCCGCCGAUUUCUCGUCACGUUGACAAUAUAUUCCAAAAAGCUAAAGUAAAUAACGCGAUCAAUUUGGAUAAUAUACAAAAAGAAUUUCGUAUUAGGGGAGAACAUCGGUCGGCUGAUCUUGAUGUUCAACCAGGAAAUUCAAACUUUUAUAUUAGUAAUUUCGACGAUAAUAUCGAAGAAAAAAUUUCGCGAACUCGUCAAUCGAUCGGUUUUCAAGAAAAACCAAAUAAUUUAAUCGUUGGUAACUCCGAUAGUGUUGCUAAGAAAAAUAUCAAUUUUCCAUAUAUUUCCAUGGGAUUAUAUCUGUCCAGCGACAAACGGGUAGAAGCUAAUCCGUUUCCAGCUCAACAGAGUACUAGCAGUAGUGGCAAUAAUAUUGGUAUACCAAUUUUGUUAUUGCCGGGCCAAUCUCAAGAUGCUAUAUCAUACGAACAAUAUACAGAUGCAGGAAAUAUCUUCAAUAGGAUAUCAACAACGGCAAGUGGAGGGAAUAAACAUCAAACAUUAAAUAGUUUUAAAUCAGAUAAAGAAGGUAGUGAUCAUCAUUACGUGGUAAAUAUGAACGAAGAAAGAUCGGACCCAUCUCAAUAUCAUCUUUUUCAAAAGAUCAUUCAGAAUAAUCCUCUUCCUGUGAUCGAGACCAGAUACGUUUUACCAGUCUCCUCGCCUUAUUCUGUAAUAGCGAAGAAAUCUUUCGAGAAACCUACUUAUGGCUUACAUUCUACUGAAUUAGGAAAUGUGGAUAACAAAGUAUUUUAUUCGAUUGAAAAAAUAAUGGAUAAACAAGCGUCGUUACCACAACAACUUGCUCAAAUACCAAAUGAUAAACAGACGAUAGAAAAACAAACUCGUUUACCGAAUCCGUAUGCAUUUUAUGUUGAAAAAACAGAAGAAAAGAAAGUACCUCAAGUCAUUCAUAGAUUCAUCAUGCAACCUUACCCGAUUCAUAUAAAAUUUCCAUCUCUCUCGACUGAAAAACUCAUUUCGGAUCAUUCGGAGAAGAAGGUAGUAAAACAUAAUCGUAAAUCUUAUCCUAUUGAGGUCGGAAAAAAUUCAGAAAACAUUAAAGUGCAUUCCGAAGAGAUUGAUAAACUUGUUCAACCAUCGCAAGUUCAUCGAUCAUUACAGAAAUUUUACGCUGAAGUUUCGUCGAUUCCUUUUCAUAGAAACUAUAUAAAUUCGUCUUCGAUUCACGAAAACGCACGUAAAAAGCCAAGCUUCUACUUUGGAGAAAGUACUACGGGAUAUAAUAAUAAAAAUGGUCAUUACAAUUACUUAGAACAAUCCUCGAAUUCUGUUCCUCCGAAAGAAAUUGCUUCCAUUGGAAAUUUGCGCUCUUAUAGAAGACGCGGUAGAAUUUUCGAAAAGGAUAGGACACCAAAAAACAAAUACAUGGAUUCGCGUCAAACGUCGUCGAGUUCUUUGCGAAUGCAAUUAAAAUCCUCACCGUCUUUCCUUGUUGAAACACAACAAUCAGUUGUACCAGGGAUUAUGAGAAAUGCUCGACAAUCCGAAGGGUAUCCCUUAGGAGAUAUUGGUAAUUUCAAACAAUCAAAAGUUGAAUAUGGUUUCAAACCGCCAAUGAUUCCUUCUACUCAAUACGAUGAGCAAACGGCAUCUAAAGUUGAUAAAUAAAUUUUUUAUACAUCGUCAACAAG